AAAACCCCCCCUCCCAAAGAUUUACCUCUUCCCCCUUCCUCUCCGAUACAUCACUCAAAUCUCUUCAUCUCAUCAUCCUCUUCUCUACCUACUCUGCUCUUUUUCAGUUUUCUCAAGAAUAUUAAAACCUGUUGUAUCUUUUUCUUUCAAACACUCAUGUUAAGAAAGACAAGAUCUUGAUGUUCAAACGUUAAUGUCUCCAGUGAUUAGCGAAGCACUUAGAUCUGGCUUAACUAUAGAUUCAUCUCUUAGACGCAGGACCCAUCUUGUUCAAUCUUUCUCCGUCGCUUUUCUUUACUGGUUCUAUGUUUUCUCAGAAAUCAUCUCUCUAUAGCCUAUAAACUAUAUAUUAUAUCACCUUUCCAUAUAGCUUUUUGAUUUACCUUAAUCAGGGUCCUGCGUCUUUCAUCAGCUUAACUAGUGUUUCUGUCUUUUUCUUCUUUUUUUUUUAAUUUGAUUUCUUUGAUGAUGAAUAUACCGGAGAUGAGAUCUUCUAUGACCGGUUAUUUGUCGCCGGUUUUAACGACCAGUAUACCAAGCUCCGGUUCAGGUUCCGAUCCAGCAGAGCGGAAGAGGAAGAGGUUGGAGUCUAACAGAGAGUCGGCGAGGAGGUCGAGGAUGAAGAAGCGGGAGCUUUUGGAUCGUCUGAAUGUCCAGCUCGAGCAGCUACGCAAGGUUAACCGUCAGACCGCCAUCGAGCUCGGUGUCACGACGGAGCACUGCGUCAAGACCGAGGCGGAGAACUCCGUCAUGAGAGCUCAGGUGACGGAGCUCAACCAACGCCUCAAUUCCCUCAACCAGAUCAUCGCUUCUGCAGAGUCGUAUUCCUCCGCCGCCGGAGGUUUUGGGAUGGAGACUGCUCCCUCCGCCGCCGCCGGAGGAUUUGGAAUGAAGACGGGCUACUCCGCCGCCGGAGGAUUUGGGAUGAAGACGGGCUACUCCCCUGCCGGAGCAUUUGGGACGGAGACUGCUCCCUCCGCCGCCGGAGGAUUUGGAAUGAAGACGGACUACUCCGCCGCCGGAGGAUUUGGGAUGAAGACGGGCUACUCCCCCGCCGGAGCAUUUGGGACGGAGACUGCUCCCUCCGCCGCCGGAGGAUUUGGAAUGAAGACGGGGUACUCCGCCGCCGGAGGUUUUGGGAUGAAGACGGGCUACUCCGCCGCCGGAGGGCUUGGGAAGGAGACUGCUCCCUCCGCCACCGGGGGAUUUGGGAUGAAGACGGGCUACUCCGCCGCCGGAGCAUUUGGGACGGAGACUGCUCCCUCCGCCGCAGGAGGAUUUGGAAUGAAGACGGGCUGCUCCGCCGCCGGAGGGUUUGGGACGGAGACAGCUCCCUCCGCCGCCGGAGGAUUUGGGAUGAAGACGGGUCACUCCGCCGCCGGAGCAUUUGGGACGGAGACGGGCUACUCCGCCGCCGGAGGAUUUGGGAUAGCGACAGCUCCCUCCACCGCCGGAGUAUUUGGAAUGGAGACAGCUCCCUCCGCCGCCGCAAGUUUAGGGAAGGAGACUUAUCCCUCCGUUGCCGGAGGAUUCGGGAUGGAGGCGGGCUACUCCGCCGGCGCCGGGGGGUUUGGGAUGGAGACUGGUCAGGGAGGAGGAGGAGGAGUAACUGAUUACGGAGGAGGAGGAGGUGGACUUUACGACGGAGCGAUGAACCCAUUCAAUCCAGGGUUUUAUGACCAACCUCCAAACAUGGCUGAUCUUCUCAACUGUUGGUAACUCAAUGUCACAAUCACCAUCAUCUAGAGAGAGAGAGUGAAUGACAUUGCAAUAGUCUUUUUUAUAGAUGAUUUGAUGCCUCUGUGUUUAGAUUAUAAGAUGACUUCAGUGUUGUAAUGGAACAUAAAUGUGGUUAGCAUGAAGAUGGUGAUGUGAUUUUGCUGUAAGUGGAGGGGAAAUAUUUUAUGUUUUUCUUUUUAAUUAAUAAUGGACAAAAAUUGACUUUCGUCUU